CGCAAGCCUUGACGGGAAAUAGAGUUACUCGAAAUGGUCAAACUUCAAUCGUAUUACCCUCUCUUCCGCCCUGGGAAGCCAACCCAACAUAUAUUGACGGUCACCUGCAUGUUCGCAUUUAUCCUGUAUGGGUUUGAACAGGGAGCAUUAGCAAAUGUGCAGAACGAGGUCGUUUUUCAAAGCCAAUUUGGCCAUCCCCAAGGAAAUUAUCUCGGAAUUAUAGUUGCGAUCUACAACCUAGGAAGUUUUUUUGGUAGCAUGGCAAACAUCUGGAUCGGUGAUAAGUUAGGCAGAAAGCGGGCCAUCUGGCUGGGAUUCACCUUGGUGACCAUUGGAGUCAUUCUGCAAUGCAGCUCGUACAGUGUGGUUCAACUCUUCAUCGGAAGAUUCAUUUCUGGCCUCGGAACAGGAUUUGAGACAAGUACAACACCGAUGUAUCAGUCUGAAGUAUGCCACGAGAACCAUAGAGGUGGCCUGGUGGCCGCAGAACCUCAAGGUGUCGCAUUUGGUAUCACUGUGUCGUACUGGAUUGGCUACGGUUGCAGCAAAAGAACAGAUCAGGUUUCAUGGAGACUUCCAGUAGGUAUUCAGAUGCUUUUCGCGGUACUCGGGAUUGUGAUGUUAUUCUUCUGCCCUGAAUCUCCAAGGUGGUUAAUGAAAGUUGGAAGAACACAAGAUGCAAGGUACUCACUAGCAACGAUUAAUGGUGUGCCAGAGGAUCAUCCGCGGAUUUCUGCCAUCAUUGACGACAUUCUCUAUCUUCAAAAAAUCGAAGGUUCAGGCGAUAAAAUCACCUGGGGUGAUAUUCUUAUGGGCAGAGAUGCCAUGCACGGCCGGUUUAGAAUCAUGCUUACUGUAUUUGGUCAGUUCUGGAACCAGUUCGGAGGCAUCAACUUGGUGGUUUACUAUGUGCCAAUGGUGUUAGAGAAUAACGUUGGACUAAGUUCAAACCUCGCGACAAUUCUGGGUGGUUGCAUUAUGCUGACCUUUUUCGCAACCGGAUUUAUCCCUACGCUGUUUUUGGAUAAGAUGGGAAGACGUUUUGCCAUGGCAUCCGGUUCCGCUGGACAAUGUAUUUCAAUGCUUCUCGUCACUAUCCUUUUGCGUGUUGGUACCAAAGAAUCGUCAGUCGCCGCAACUGCAUUCUUCUUCACGUUUAUUGGGUUCUUUGGCUAUGCUAUGAACUGUGUUCCAUGGGUUUAUGCUGCUGAGGUGCUGCCAUUGCAACUUCGUGCCAAAGGUAAUGCAAUCAGUGUCGCAACGAAUUGGAUUUGCAAUUUUGUGAUUGCGAUGAUCACUCCGAUCAUGACUCAAAAUCUGGCUUGGAAGACAUACAUUGUCUUCACCUUGACGAACGCUGUUGCAACUAUUCACUUUUUUGUCUUCUAUCCUGAAACCUCCAAGAGAACCCUUGAAGACAUUGAGAACAUAUUCCUCGAUUCUCAUACCAUCUUCUACGGUCUCCAAGAGAUUAAGAGGACUCCAACAGAACGCCUUACGGAAAAGCUCAUCGAUAUCGAGCACGUUGAAAGUGUAGAAGAGGGCUCACCCGAGAGCGACUAAGUGUGAUAAGUAUGCCUAAAUCGAGCAAAGAUCCCGCUGAUGAAAUCUAGCUAUUCG